CGCUUGGGACAUGGUGAAGAUAAGCAUAACGAUAGUGAGCGAUCUCCAAUCUUUGUACAAUUUAUCGAUUGCGUCUGGCAAAUUAUGUAUCAGCGUGUCAAAAACAAUACAGUAUCGCUCUGGUCGUACAUAAUUGCGGAGAAACGGCGUUUCCUCAACCCCCAUUACAACCAGUAUCCACGUUUCAUCUAUGUUCUACGGCCAAACACGAGGCUGAUGUGUAUCAGACCAUGGAAAGAAUACUAUUUCCGCUACAAUCCGGCAAUUGUUGCGCAAGAUCGUGCGGUAAUUUUCAAAUUUUUAAUUUCAAGGUGA